AUGAAUCCUUUCACUCUUAUGUUUCAUGACCCAAAGCUAGAACUUAAAUAUCAAGAAAAUUAUUCGAAUGAACUCUAUGAGGCCUUUAAAUAUACCAUGGUUUUGCUCUAAUUAUCUAAUAUAAUUUUAAGCAUAUUUUGGAUUCAAAAGAACUAAUUCACUCUUGGGUGCUUGAUGAUAAUUUUAUGUUGUGGAUAAACAAUUACAUUCUACUAUAUGCUUUUAAAAAAAAGAUUUAUCACUUUAGUUGGUUAUUUAAUUUCUAUCCUAAGCUUACUAUCAUCAUUUUAUUAAUUUUUGCCAUAUUUUUACAGAGAAUAUUCAGGAACUGAAUUUAUUUGGAUUUUUGAUAUCUCUUAGUUUAUGGCACUAAAUUUUGCUUUAUGUCCCAAUUUUAUACUAAAUCAGUUUCUUUAGAUUUUAUUUGUUUCUUCUAGAUUAUUCAUGAGAAACUUUGCUUAGUUAAAUCCAUUUUCAUUUAUUCUCUUAUUGUAUUUGAUUAUAUUUUGGUAAAAAGAGUAUUUUAGAUAAAAGCACAAUAGAACUAAAUUUUUUUAAAAAGAACAGUAAAAAUAGGCAUUAUUUUUAUGGGAUAAUUUAAUUGAAGAAAAAAUUGUGUUAUUAUCAUAUGAUGAAAUUUGGAAUAAGAUUGAUUUAGUGUUUGCAAAUUCUUCGAUCAAAAAAGUAAUUGAAAUAGAAUCUAAAGAUUUCUUAAAAGAUUUUCGAGUUUCUGAUUAAAAAUAGGAUUUUUAUCAAUACUUAUUGAAACAAAUUCAUAAUAAAACCUUUCAAUUUAAGAUUAAAGUAGUACAUAAUUAGAAAAAAUAUAUUAUUGAUUGCAUAAUGAAUAAAUUUAUGGAGUUAAAUAUAUCAUUAAAAUUUUCUGAGCUUUAACCACAAAAAAAUAAUAAAAACAAUUAUUAUUCAUAUCUCUAACUUUUAAAAAAAUAAAAUUAAUUGAUAGAUAGCUUUAUUAUAAUGAAAUCUAAAAGCAAAUCAUUUAAUAAUCAUAUUACUUAAAAAAUGUAACAAUAGAUUAAAUUGAAUAAUUAAAUCUUUUUAAAUUGCGUGCUUAUUUGA